UGGUAGAGUUUCAUAAUUCUUCUUUUCAUUAGUGCAGUAUUCGUUAUUUGCUUCAAUAUUGACAAUUGGAGGGAUGAUUGGGGCAGUGUUGAGUGGCAGGGUUGCAGACCUAGCUGGACGGAAAUAUGCUAUGGGAAUUUCAGAAAUUUUAUGCAUUAUAGGAUGGCUUGCAGAAUCACUCUCAAAGAAUAUCUUGUGGCUUGACCUGGGAAGAUUUUUAGUUGGAUGUGGCAUUGGCCUGCUUUCGUAUAUGGUAAACUAAAUUUGUGUUUUUAUCUUACUCAGCUGCCUCUUCGGCAGUAAUUGGAAUACACUUUUACUUAUUAU